CUGGCCCCUUGUUUUAUCUAAGGCAGUUCCAGGCAGGAAGACCUGACUCUGCUGCCCUGCUGUCCUCUGGCACGGCUAGGCGGGACACUGGGCACAACUCUCUCAUUGCCCUAACUGGCUGCAGAGCGCAGGGCAUCCCAUCUGUCGACAGGAAGCUGCUCCCCCAGCCCAGGGGCUCCAGGAAGUCGAGGGCCAAGGUCUGUGCCACCCUGGGAAAAAUAACCCUGACCCAUGCAAAGGGUGGAGAGGUUAAUCAGUGACAAAGGACAGAACUCUCUUGGGCUCCCAGCUGGGGUGGCCAGAACCCUUCCUCCAGACGGCUCCUGCGUGGCCAGCCCUUAGGCGUCUACACCAUGGAAUCCACCGUGAAGCUGCUGGUUUUCCUGUCCUGCUUGGGAGCAUCUGCCCCGCUCUGCCAAAUCUCCCCUGCAAACAGCGGCCUGGUGGCAAGCGGCAUCCGGCAGCUCCUGGGAUGGAUGGACCGGCGCUCCCCUUCGGAGCUGAACCCCAGCAUCUAUGUGGGGCUCCGUCUCUCCAACCAGCCAAGCCAGGACCAAGACGACCUCUAUCUAAGCAGCCUCAUGGUCCAUUACCAGCAGGUUUUCACCAGCCUCGCACCAGACCACCAACACAAGCCCUCUAUGGGCCAGCUGGCCUUGUACCUGCUAGCCAUGCGGGGCGGCUGUAAGGAUAUUGGCACCCGGAAAGGAAACGUCCUAGUUACCCAACUCAAGCGUUACCUGGAGGAGGAGAAGCAUCUUAUAGGGCACGAGCACAAGGGCCACCCUCUCACGAGCUAUUACCAGUACGGCCUGGCCAUCCUGGCACUGUGCAUCCAUGACAAGAAGGUGCCUGGGCACGUGGUGGAGAAGCUGCUGCAUGCGGCCGAGCAUGACGUCUUCCUCCAUGGAAGCCAGUACUCUGUGGGCCCUGAUGGAAGCCCCUUCGCCAGAGUCGGAGCUGGCCUGCCUCCGGGCUGGGGAUGCUCUCAUGAAGGGCCUCGAGGAAGGGGCCUUCCAGAACCCCAUGCCCCUGUCCCAGCUGCUGCCCGUCCUGCACCAGAGGACCUACCUCAGCCUCAUGCAGCUGGACUGCAAUGAUGAAAGAGGUCUCCUAGAAGCAGAUGCCACCGUCCCGCUGACUCAGGAGCCACGGAACAUUGAGGUCAGGCUGAGAGUCCAAACGGAUCUCCAGCUCGUGUUCCUUCAUGAUCAGCAGUACCUUGUCCCUGAGGGGGCCACACUACAGGACGUCCUGCUCAAGGCCCAGGAGGAGGGCUUGUUCACGUACGGAACCCAGACCACCUUGUCUGGUCCCUUUCUGACCUCGGUGAUGGGCAUAAGCCCUGGAGAACGGCAAUACUGGCAGCUCCUCCGUGCCCCAGACACGCCUCUCCUGCAAGGCAUUGCCAACUACAGGCCCCAGGAUGGGGAGACCAUCCUUCUGAGACUGGCCAGCUGGUAGGGAGGGCCACUCCAUCAUCCCAGGGCUCCGUUAUCCAGAGACCUAGCCGCUCCCUUUGGCAUCUGCUACCUUUUGUAGAGGAGAACAGAAGAGGGUGGGGAGGGAGGGAGCUUUUUCAGAACCUAUUAUAACCCUCCCACAACCAGCUAAGGGCAGAUGAUAUCAAACCCUGAGGUUUGACAGUGACCACGGAAGGCCCUCCCCUCUGCCCCCCUCCAAGCCCCUUUGCCUGGUUAUUCCUCUGUCCCUUCAACCUCUCCAGAUCUAGAGACAUCCACACACCAGGGACCUCCCAGCUGAAGACCUCAGUGUGCCUGCAAAACUAAGGUCCCUGGGCCCCAGCCCUGCCUUCUAUGGCACUGGGGGGCUCACUGGGGAGAGAAUAUGGUGAGAAUCACUUCAUAGAAACCUUAGAGAUCCAGCUCAGCCCCUCAGGUGAGACCAAAGCAAGGAAGGGUCCCCCAGGGUGGGGGCAGGGAGAUAGAGUCUGGAUCUGAACUCAGGUCUUUAGACUCUCAGUCUAGUGCCCUUCUGGGCUGCAUGUCUUAUGGACCCUGCUUCACCAAUAAGGAGACCGAGGCCUGAAAAGAGGAACCAAUUUCCCCAGGAUUCCCUGGGGCAACUUUUUCUGCCAAGAUUCCUGGGCAGUCGAUUUCCCAGGGUUCCUUGGAAGUGUCUGAGCCAAGAUUCAAACUUAAGUCUCCUUCCCCAGGGUGGGCCUUUCAGCAGUUUGCAGGAACUAUGGAACAGCAAGAAAAAAGAAAAAAGGCCUGGGUUCAAAUUCUGGCUCUGGCUACCCAAUGGAAAUCUUGGGCAAAUCGCUUAAUCUCUCUGGGCCUGUUUUCUCUUUUGUACAAUGGAGGCAUUGACCCUCCAAGGUUCCUUCCAUCUCUGAAUGUAUGAGCCAGCUGUGAUUUGAAGCCCCCUGGGCCCUUCCUGCCCCUGCUGGGACCCCCAAGAACCAGGAGCCCCAGUGGCCAGGCUUCUGCCCCUCCUCCGUUUCUGUCCUGACCUCCUCCCACACCAAAUGGGGACUGUGCCUACUCAGGUUUGAUGUAUUACUUGCUUAUAAGCACCAUUGUUCCACUGCAGUGGAUUUUGGUCUCUGGUUGCAUCAAAAAUGAUUAAAUGGCUGAAGUUUAA